AUGACCUACGCUCUCCGAGGUCCUGACGGAAAAAAAGUCAACUAUGAUGGGGCCGAUAUUGCGGGUAGUGAAGACCAACAAGAUCUCUCACCAACUGAUGAUGCGGAUGUGACAAGCCCGACAGCAAGCCUAUUUUCUUCGUGGUCAGAUGACUCGGAUGUGUCAUCAUCAAAGUCAUGCGAUGAAGACGGCUCAGGUCCGCCAUCAUCAGAGUCAGGCGAUGAAGACGACUCAACCUCGGCAUCUGACAAGGACAUGUCCCCUCUGGGAUCAGCAAAGAGCGAGGUAGACGAGCUCCUUCGCCGACUAAGAGAGCUUACCGUGGCUAUGAAAAAGUCUAAGCCAAAUCCUAGGUUACAGGAAGCAGACACAACUUUCCAACCGACAGAGCAUGAGGGGUUGCGCGACUACCUUGCCGGCAUCGUUCUUGCGCGAGGCUCCGAAAAGGGCCAACAGCGUUGCGAUGUUGGCCGCAAGUCGCUGACGCCUGUACAAGAUCGCUUGAUCAUGGCUAAUCUCAGACAGCGCCAUAGGUUCUUGUUUGCACAACAGGAUGCUGGAAAUUUCGAGAGUGGUCCUCAGAACACCGGCCGCAAGUCCACGGGACCAUUUCCCACUGCUAAUAUGCGCUAUCUGCGUCCUCCAAGACUAGGGAUAGGAGAGACGUGCUUUCGUUGCCCAUAUUGUUGCCAGAUGCUUCCAGAAAUGUUUCACAUGAAAACCCAUUGGAAGUAA